CCCCCACGGCAGGAGCUGCGGCGGGUGGUGAUCCGAACUCUCCCGUAUUCCAUUCCCGGGGUGCCCCCGGGCACUGAGGGGGCUGCCGGCUGGGAUUUUAUUGGCGACCGCGAUGAGUUUUCUGCUGCCCAAACUGACCUGUAAGAGGGAAGUGGAUCAGGCAAUAAAAAGCGUUGCUGAGAAGGUUUUGGUUCUCCGUUUUGGAAGAGAUAAUGAUGCUGUUUGUCUGCAGCUCGAUGAUAUUCUUGCAAAAACAGCUCAUGACCUAAGUAAAAUGGCAGUCAUUUACCUGGUGGAUGUGAACGACAUCCCAGUCUACACCCAAUAUUUUGACAUCAGUUAUAUUCCAUCUACUGUAUUUUUCUUCAAUGGACAACACAUGAAGGUUGAUUAUGGGAAGGCACGAAAGACACAAAGGAGAUGGGAAAACAGUCUGUUUGCUAUAUUACUGAAAUAUGGACAAUUAAUGCAAAAGAGAAAAUACUUAGUGGGAAAGAAGCUAUCCAUAUUCCAGUUGUUGUUCCCAUGAAACAAAGUGGGAGAAAAAUGGACAUAUUUUAAGGAAAGAUGUGUAUGAAGAAAGGUACAGCUUUCUGUAAGAAUUAGGAAUAGGUAGAUGCAGUUUCCUCAGUGGUAUGCUGGGGACCACCUCUCAGCCCCUUUCCCUCCUCACCCCUAAAAGAUUGGAGAGACUAAUUUCCCAGCAUACUCUGAAUAGGAGGUUACUAUUCUUUUACUCCAGCUACUAACAGCAACAUUGCUUUUUCAGUUCCAAAACAAGGAUAUGUGAUUCCAAAUUAAACCCUGAACAUCUACUUUACAAAGCAUUGUAAAGAAUUGCUGAAGAUUUCAGGAGGCAGAAACAAAGUUUUACAUAAAGCGGACAUAUGACUUUCCUUCCCAAAACUGCCUUCAGAAUGCAAAAUGAAAAAUUUUGAGGCAAUUAAUGAUAGGUUAUCUCUUUGGAGUUGACUUAAAUAGCAGCUUAUAAUUACAUACUUACUGGUCCAGAGGACUGAUUUUAUUGUAGCAACACAAUUAAUUAUAGAAUUAAAAAGUAGCAAUUACAGGUUGUUCCAGAUACAGCUGCACAGUGCAUGUACUUCUUUGCCGUAAUUCUGCAUUCUAAAUCAGCAUUGAUAGCUGUUUGUACUUCAUUCUCUAUAUGUAAAUGCAGUAUUCAAGGUUGUAUAUGCUGGCAGGCUUUACAACUGCUACCUUAUUUUUAAAAAUUUGCUUUUGGGGGAAACAUAAUCCCUCUUUCCCUUCCUCCCACUUUUCUAUUCAGAUUCUAAAAUGCUUCAGAUGUAAAUUUAGCUGGUGCUUGUUGCAGCAUUUGGCAUAUUCUAAACACUACUGCAGUAUAAGUACUAUAUAAGAUCCAUAAAGAUUACUUUGCUUUCCAUUUAAAACCAUUUCAUUCUAGUAAAGCCCAAUAUUACCAUAUUCUCUUCUGUAAAAUCUGUCAUCAUCAUAGACGGAAAUAUUUUUCACUCUGGGAGCAUAGAUAAGUCCUCUGCAUGAAAAAAAUAAACCUGAUCAUGGUUUCAGUUUUCAUUACUUUA